AUGAAGAGUAAGAAUUGCUUUGGAGAAGAGAUUCUUGGAUCAGCAGAGCUGCCUGCAGUAUGUACAAUGAGCUCCGGAGACGCAGCAUUUGUGAGUCGUCUCCUAUGCUGGGACGGGCUUUGCAGUGAUGCAGCUGCAUUUGACUCAUCCAUGGUCCUCCGUUGGCGGCGCCGGUUGGGAGAGCACAGUAGUACCCCACAGGAGAGGAGGCUCAGUGGAGUGAAGAAAAUACAAGUGGAAAAGCAUGUGUCUGUUUGCAGAAAUUGUGAAUGUCUUUCUUGCAUGGACUGUGGAAAGGACUUCUGGGGUGAUGACUACAAACUUCAUGUGAAGUGCAUCAGUGAAGAUCAGAAGUAUGGCGGUAAGAGCUAUGACGGCAAGACCCAUAAAGGAGAUGAGAAGCAGCAGGCCUGGAUCCAGAAAAAUAAUGAAUUGAUAAAGAAACCCAAUGUCAGCCCCAAAGUAAGAGAACUUUUACAGCAAAUUGGUGGUUUUGACAACGUUCCCAGAAAAAAGGCAAAGUUUCAGAACUGGAUGAAAAACAGCUUGAAGGUUCAUAAUGAAUCUAUCCUGGAGCAGGUGUGGAAUAUCUUCUCAGAAGCUUCCAGCAGUGAGCCAGCCAAUAGGGAGCAAGAUAAACAGCCACUGGGCCAAGAAACCAAGACCCAAGCAGAAAUUCCUCCCAAAGUUCCAUCCUCAAAAGCAAAUGGCACCACAGAGGAGCAAGCAGAGGUAAAAAAGAAUAAAAGGGAAAGGAAGGAAGAACGGCAGAAGAAUAGAAAAAAAGAAAAGAAAGAAUUGAAGUUAGAAAACCAUCAAGGAAACUCAAGCAGCCAGAAGGCCAAGAAGCGUAAGAAGGGUCAGGAGGCCAAACUUGAGGCUGAUGGGGAAGAAAUUGAGAAGGCCAAUGGCUGGGUGGGGAAGAAGACCAAGAAGGUCCAGGCCUCGGCAGAGGGACCAGAUGCAGGUGGUGGCUCUGCAGAUGCUGACAAGGAAGACACGGAGACAACUGUGGGGAAGAAGCGGAAGCAUGCGGAAGUUGAAUCAUACUGUAAGAAGAAAAAGAUGAAGUUGCCACGACAUCCUGAGGAUGGAGAGCCCAGAGACCAUGAAGUCCCUGCAAAAGGUAAAUUCAACUGGAAGGGAACCAUUAAAGCAGUUCUCAAACAGGCCCCGGACAACAAAAUAGCAAUCAAAAAGCUGAAAAAAAAGGUUAUAGCUCAGUAUCACACAGUAACAAAGGACCAGCACAUGUCUGAAGAGGAGCUCUUGGCCAUCUUCAAUAAGAAAACCAGCAAGAAUCCUGCCUUUAAGAUACUAAAAGACAAAGUCAAGCUAUUGAAAUGAACAUUUUGGUUUUUAAAGGAAAUCCACUCUCUUGAGGUGUUCCUCUCACUGCUGUUUGUAAAACCUGUAAUGGAUUAUAAUAUAAUAACUCAAGUUUUGCUUUCUAAAACUGUAUUUUUAAGCUAAUGGAACAAUAUAUUUUUGUUAAGAACUUUUAUGAAAAAAUAAAAUAUAUUCUUGUCAAA